AUGUCGAUGGACGUCGACGCCCCUGUUUCACUUCCUUCUGUUCACAAGCCACAGGCAGCGACCAUUCUCUGCUGCAAUUGUGGAGCGCCGAUAGACGGAACGGCGUCAGCAGGUGCUCUAUGCUAUGAGUGCAUCAAAUUCUCCGUUGAUGUAUCGGAAGGAAUUCAGCGGGAAGGAGUACUGCAUACCUGCCGAGAUUGCGAAAGAUGGUUAAGUCCGCCUUCACAGUGGGUGUCUGCAGCACCCGAAAGCAGAGAGCUACUGGCGCUGUGUCUGCGAAAACUUCGAGGUCUCAACAAAGUCCGAAUCAUUGAUGCUAGUUUUCUCUGGACUGAACCGCAUUCACGGCGAGUCAAAGUCAAGAUCACAGUCCAGCAAGAAGCAUACGAAGGCACGAUAUUGCAACAAACCUUCGAGGUUGAAUAUGUGGUGGCAUUUCAACAGUGUCCAGAAUGCGCCAAAUCAUACACCCCCAAUACCUGGCGGGCGUCUGUCCAAGUCAGACAGAAAGUGCCCCAUAAAAGAACCUUCUUAUAUCUCGAGCAACUUGUCCUCAAACACCAAGCACACAAAGACACCAUUAAUAUUAAGGAAGUCAAGGACGGACUAGACUUCUACUUUGCCCAGCGAAAUCACGCCGAAAAAUUUGUUGACUUCCUCACCUCAGUGACACCGGUGAGAGUCAAAAAGUCGCAAGAAAUAAUAUCCAUGGAUGUUCACACCUCGUCCAAAUCCUAUAAAUUCACAUUUUCUUGCGAACUAUUACCAAUUUGCAAAGACGACCUGGUGGCACUUCCCAUCAAGCUCGCCAAAUCUAUUGGUAAUAUCGCACCGUUAGCACUUUGCUACCGAGUCGGCACCUCAGUCAACCUCCUAGACCCGACCACGUUACACACAACCGACUUACCCACGUCCACCUACUGGAGGACGCCAUUCAAAAGCUUGGCAGACGUUCAAGAACUGGUGGAAUUUGUGGUGCUCGAUAUUGAACUAUUAGGCAGUCAGAAUGGUCGAUUAUUGGGAGCCGAAGCGACAGUUGCACGGGCUUCAGAUCUGGGUGUCAACGACAAGACGUACUACUGCAGAACCCAUCUAGGAGGUGUUUUACACGCCGGAGACUCGGUACUUGGCUACCACCUGACGGCCACCAAUUUCAACAACCCUCAAUUCGAUGAAUUGGAGCAAAGUAAUGCAUAUUCGUCAACCAUUCCGGAUGUCAUGUUGGUCAAGAAAUUCUACGCACGGAAGAGGAAGCCUAAAUCCAGGAACUGGAAACUCAGGAGGAUGGCUAAGGAUGAAGGUGAACUGCUACCCAAGAAAGCCGACCAGGAAAGAAUGGACGCAGAUUAUGAAAUGUUCUUGCGAGACGUGGAGGAAGACGCCGAACUCAGGCAGACAUUAGCAUUAUACAAGGCCAAGCACCAAAAGAAGAGGAAUGUUGAUGCCAUGAGUAUGGCCACAGGCGACAGCAGUGACGACGAAGUGCCUCAAAUCAACGUAGACGAAUUGCUGGAUGAUUUUGAAGAUUUGAAUGUCAAUGAUGAUGCGUGA